AUGCGCGGAGAAGCCGGAGAGUUGGCAGUGAGCAGUGGCGAGAUUUCCACCGGAGCCAUGUCGCCGGAAAAGCAGCAGGAGCAGGAGCUUAUGGGCAAAUUGGCGGCGACUGGAAAGCUGCCCGCCCGACCGGCCAGCUCGUUUCUGCAGAAGAAGUUGCAACAGAGGGUGAGUCUUUGAUUGCUCUUCGAGAAUGAGUCAGAACGCACUGAAAGCGUGAUUAGGAUGAUGAUGAUCAGAAUACGUCUUCUAUUUGUUAAAUAGCGGAAAAUGACACAUCUUGUCUGAUCAACAAUCAAAUUACAUUUUCUAGAAAUUCUUCGAUUCGGGAGACUACGCAAUGGACAAGUCGAAAGCAGGUAUUGGCCUUGGAUCCAAGCCACAUCCGCUCGCUGGGGGACCUCCACCAGUAGCCGCCGCUCCUCCGGUUCCGGCUUCUGUCCAGAAGAGCCCUGCUCCGGCGACGUCACCGUCUCCAUCAGCGUCUCCGAUCUCGCAGCAGACAAGUCGUCCGAGUGCUGAGCGAGGCAGCGACGAUGACAAUCUGCAGGUAAUCCGCUGCCCACCAAUGAUCACUUUUUCCUCCUAUUCAACCCUCUUUUUUCAGAUUCCGCGCCCCGACACGGUUCCACAGCGAAAAGCGUCGAUUAUCAAUCCGAGUGUGCAUUGCAAGCUGAGCCCGGCGCCGCAUGUUCAGGUGAGAAAAGGGCAAACAGUGCAGAGAUGGAGCGAGACAGAUUCACGCAUUUUUUGGGCUGCCGAGCUCUGAGCCAACUGUCAAACACGCCGGGUAGACGCAGAACGCCCCGGCGACCAAUUAGACUAUUUGGCGGCACGUAAUCAGUUGGAGCAGCGGGCACAACUCAAAAAAAGGCUUCGCGGGGUUUGUGUGCUCACUUUCCCCGCAAAAAGGGCAUCCUGUGGGCCCGGGUGGGGCGCGAGAAAGUAAACAUUGACUGAAGCUGAUAAUUGGGACACUGUCACCUUUGGUUUCGCUUUUGCAAAUGUCGAAAGGGACUUUCCGGCUUCUAAACGUUCGAUUUUCAGCAUCACGACGCAGCUGUCUCGCCAGCUGCAAACGAAUAA